AUGAAGUCCUCAGAGAACAGCAUACCUGAUUUCUGUGCUGAGGAUGACCCGAUCCAUUUUGCGUUAAUAAAACGCUGUCUCUCCCAACAUCUUUGUUCACAGAAACUACAUUUUACGCGAAAUGUUUUCACUGUUACAAAUUGCCAUUUUACUUCAACUUUUGACAGAUUGGUUCCACUGUCUACUACUACAGACUUCACAGUACACUGCAAAUCUAAAGUCUCCAGAGAAUGCAGAUCACCUAAAGGCAUCGCCUGGUCCAUCACAACAUCAUAUUACCGUAACUCAGUGGGCGGGCUGCUGGUGUUUGAUCUUACCAAUCGCAAGACCUUUGACCAUGUGAGGGAAUGGCACAAGGAGGUGAGUGAGCACAUCCUGCCUCAUCACAUGGUCUACAUCCUCAUCGGCCACAAGAGUGACCUCAACAAGGAACGCAAGGUGAGCCGGGAUGAGGCAGAGCAUCUAGCAGCUGAGCUGGGCAUCCGCUAUGUGGAGACGUCUGCCAAAUGCAACAGCAAUGUGGACCGGGCCUUCGAGCUGCUGACAAGAGACAUCUACGAGCUGAUGAAGAUGGGCGAGAUUGUCACCCGCGACGGCUGGGAUGGUGUGAAGAGUGGCCUGACCGCCAAGGUCCUCUUCCCGGCCGAGGACGAAGAGGAACUAGCUACUGCGGCCACUGAAAAGGGCUGCCACUGCUGACUGAGUGUUCUCCAUGUCCAGACACUGUUCUGUCGUACCAAGAGCUCACCUCGUCUCACCACUGUCCAUCACAGCCAAGUCAUUGGAGCUCGGCCCCUGUGAUACAACCAUUCAUCACUUUCUCACCUUGUGCUUUGUGCUUCUGUGUGGGAUGUACUCACAACUGGGAUUCAGGGGGCUAGUGUACCUCCUUAUGUAUAUCUUAUAGGCAAGUUGUAUUUCUAAAUCCAUGUGGUGUAGCAUAACCUGAGCUGUUUUGGGCCUUGUAAGAUGGUGAUGAGGUGGUGGGGCUUAAAGUGAAGCCAAUACUCCUUUUCACAGAGUUAGCGGACUAUACUGAGUAUACUGAAGGUACAGAUACCACGGAUAGUGACUCAAUGUGGUGUGCAUCACUCCCAUUCCAUACUGCACUAAUUGUGGGUUUCUACCUGUUGAAGUCUGUGUGAUGCUUUGCCUGCAAUAUUUUGUGAAUGUAAUAUUGUAAAUAAUAGUAAACUCUGUAGAGAUGAAGGCUUAAAGUGAGGGCACUCUGCAGUAAUUGUCAUCAUAUGGAAUCAGUGUGCUCCUCCUGCUACUGUAAUCUGUAUGUGCACUUACACCAAACUGACUGAAAUGUUUGACCGUUCUGUGAGUAGAUGAGUCAUGUUUUUGUUUAAAAAAGAAAGAAUAGAGAUGAUUUCUAGUUACAAUGUAUACAUAUAGAUAGCCCAUUGUAAUCAGGGUAGGCUGUCCUAUUUAGGUAUUUGUAUUAUAGCAUUAACAUGAGCAAGGCAGCAAGUAUGUAAGAGAUUCAUCUUUCAGUCAUCAGACCUUUAAUUAAAUUGUCACCAUAAAAUGUGUUUGAUUAGGAACAAAAGUAAGUUUAAGUUUUACCUACAGUUGUUUGUAGCUUAGCCAGACAACUACUUCUAUUAUUCAAGGCUCAGUUCACAAAAAUAAUACGACAUUCAGGCCUGAAGUGGUGAUGAAUGCCAACUCUUUAAAUCCACUGGCUGAAAUGUGAUUAGAAUUUCUUUCAACAUGGCAGUUAUCACAGUACUACAAACCCACUCUAUUCACUUCAUUGCACAGAUUGGGUUUGGGCAAGGGAGCUUUGUCAAAUACCAGUUAAAUACCAGUUCCUCUUUCACCUAGCUUGGUAUUACCUUUAAAGAAUACUUAGCAUUUUGGGAAAUAAGCUUAAUCACUUAAUUUUGAUAAGAAAGUUCAUAUCUGUCUCAUCUCUGCAGGGAACUAGAGCUAGGAAGAGAUUAGCCUAGCUUAGCCUAUUGACAAACAGCUAUAGCCAAGCUCUCUCCAGCCAGAUGAGCAGCCAGCUGCAGUGACUUCCUUGUCAGUGAUGAGUGAGAUUGCUGUGUGAUAAAACCUGUCUGUAAAGACACUGAAAUCCUUACUCACCAGCAUUAUUUGAACACAUGCAGUGCUAGCCAGAGAUUUUAGUUCACCAGAAUACAAAUAUCAAAUGGAAAGCUCCAGUUAAAGUUGGGGAAAGUAUUUUGCUAAGUAAUGUUGGCAUACCAUUAACAUAAUUUUGCUUUUACAUGGAUAAGAGUAUUUUAGAUUCAUUGACUUGAGACAUUAAGUAUAGCAGCUGUAUUGAAGCCAGUGAUGGCCAGCUUUCUGUUCUUCGCAGUGAGCUGAAUUUGUGAAGAAUGUCUGCACACAUGGCUUCCAACCAUAGCUGUAACCUUUAAGACAGAUGACCGUGUAUGCUUUCAACUCUCCAGACUCUUUUUUACUGCAGAGACUAUUAAUCUGUUGUUUACAAGCCUGGAGUGCACCACAGAAUACAGUACACUUGGUCUGGGAGCUCCCCUCCUCUCCCACUGCUCAUUCACCUUUCACCAGCAUCUCACCAAAAAUCCUGUUCUCACAUGCACUGUAAACACAUUAUGCAUUCUACAGUUUUUACUUCAUGUGAUCAAGUUGACAUUCUUGAUUAAUGCUGAAUGGAUGAUCCAGUAAAUAUACUGCACACUAUGUGGUUCGAGCUUUGGAUUUGAUAAUGAAUGUAUUGGAAAACAUUGGCACCAUCCCUUUAUUUUUUUAUGUUUCACAGUCAGACUUUAUUCUUCCAGGUAAACCACCACAUGUUAUAACCAGGUUUAAAUACAGUGUACUAUUAUACAGUAUGGGUUUUUGUUUGUUUGACAAUCAGAUGUUUCAUGUUCAUGGUGAAUGUGAGGACUUCAUCACAGGGGUGCUAUGCCUUGAAGUAGAGCUAAAUAUCGAUCCAGUAUCCCCCUUUGACAACCAGUCUGACUGUGUUUGAUACUGCAGCUACCUUUCCUUAUGUUCGUUUUUCAUCUUAACAGGGUUAAAUUGUAUGAUAUUUUUUAAAUUUGUAUAUUAAUACCAUGGUGUUAGCAAACUGCUUUCCAUUGAGUGUGUAAAGACUGCAGCCUCAUAGUGUUGAAAGCACUGGUUAAAAUUCUAGAACAUCACUGAAAAGACGAGAAGAAGAAAGUGUUUUUAGGACUCAUUCAAUGGGAAGGAAUUUCUCAUCAGCCAUUAGCAAACUCUUUAUAUCCACCAAUGACAGAGGACACAUUAAGAUACAUUUACAAAUUUGUAAUAUGUAAUCUUAUGGACUGUGUAGAAUCAUAACGGUGACUAAUGUGAGUAGUGAUGAUGAUAAUGACCAUAACCACUUUCACUCACAGAUCCAGCCUCUCUCUUUCUGUCUUUCUGUCUCUUUCUUGAAGGAGUAGCUCAACAUUUUUUGGGAAUCCUUUUCUUUCCAAGUGAGAUGAGAAGAUUGAUACCGCUCCAUUAUCCUAAUCUGUUUGUGUAUGGGAUUAACAAAAAACAUAGAAAAAGUAAGUAUUGAGCUUGAGAGCGUGUGUAGUGAAGUUUAGAGGUGUUAGCAAUCGUGAUAUUUAACUAUGGACUAAGAUAAAUAAUUGUUUCUUGCCUGGUUCCAGUCUCUGCCCAGAGCUAGGCUAACAACAAUUUAAAGUAACACACAUAACAUUGAUAUCGAUCUUCUUAUCUCACUAUAGGAAAGACAGUGAAGAAGUAGAUUUCCCAAAAUGUUUUACUAUGCUUUUAAUAAUGUGUUUUUAUAUUAUCCACUGAAAUGGUCAAACCAGCCCACUGACAGGGUUGCUGUACCAGAAAACGUCAGCAGUUUUUAGACCUACAGGAUGGUACAUAGCACAAAACCGUACAGCUUCUGAUUCCCAUGGUCACAUUUCACAGCUUUAUUGAAUAAA